CUGAGGUGAGAAGCGGGUCGCGGUACUCCUUAAGCUAAGGUACCUAGGCUCUUAAGGGUCUUCCUCUUCUGACUUACAAUCUCACGGCCCCAUCCUCUUGUUACUUAUUCUCCGCCUGAAGAAGCUGGUCUUCUCAGCCCACCUCUUGGCAAUUGCUACGCCCUCGUACUUAGGCUAAUGACCGUGAUUUAAUGGCGCGCUUGCGAGAUCCCUCGACUGCAUCAACCUCUACAACCAAAAGCACUCUUAGACAAUGUUACUGGCUCUUUGACGACGAAUGACCAUCAUAAAUUAACUCCUUACAUCGAGCAUCGAGCAUCAAGCUCUAGGGCGAACUGCUUGCUGUCGCUGCCGCUACGAUGGGACAACCCUAUAUGCGCCUGCCGGAAGAUGAUAGAAAUGCCAGACUUUCCGCGUCCAGGAGCGCACAUCUAGCAACAACCACGCUGCAGGUCGGCGGCAUGACAUGCGGUUCUUGCACAUCAGCCGUUGAAUCCGGCUUCAAAGGCGUUGACGGCGUCGGGACAGUCUCCGUCAGCCUGGUGAUGGAGCGUGCCGUCGUCAAACAUGACCCCCAGAUCAUACCCGCCGAGAAGAUACAGGAGAUCAUCGAGGACCGUGGGUUUGAUGCUGAGGUUCUCUCGACUGAUUGUCCCAAACCUGUGACUACUCAAUUCAACAAUCACUCCUUUGAUGAGAGCACCGCGAUUGGAAGCGAAGCCAAGCCUGCGACGACUACUGCGACAACCACUUUCGCCAUAGAGGGCAUGACGUGUGGCGUCUGCACUUCAGCCGUUGAAGGCGGCUUCAAGGGCAUGGCCGGCGUGCUCAAGUUCAACAUCAGCCUUUUGGCGGAACGAGCCGUUAUUACUUACGACGAGACGAAGCUUUCGCCAGAGAAGAUGGCUGAGAUUAUCGAGGAUCGCGGAUUUGAUGCUACUGUUCUAUCGACGCAGCGAGACUCGAGCCAUCAGGGAGGAGACGCCACAACCACUCAGUUCAAGGUUUUCGGCUGCAAAGACGCGACUACUGCCCAGACUCUGGAGGAAGGCCUCGUUAUGGUUCAGGGCAUCCGUUCCGCAUCUCUCAGCCUCAAUACAGACCGCCUGACAGUCGUCUAUCAGCCCAAGACGAUAGGACUGCGUGGCAUUGUCGAGGCCAUCGAGGCGCAGGGCUUGAAUGCCCUGGUUGCAAGUGGCGAGGAUAACAACGCGCAGCUUGAAUCGCUGGCGAAAACGCGUGAGAUUACUGAGUGGCGGACAGCAUUCAGAACCUCACUAGCCUUUGCCCUGCCCGUCUUCCUAAUCGGCAUGAUUAUUCCCAUGGUCUUCCCAGUAAUAGACUUUGGAAGUUUCGAACUUAUACCCGGCCUAUUCCUGGGUGACAUUAUAUGUUUCGUUCUCACACUACCUGUCCAAUUCGGCAUUGGCAAGCGAUUCUAUGUCUCUGGAUAUAAAUCUCUCAAGCAUGGAUCACCAACAAUGGAUGUUCUCGUCAUUCUUGGCACAUCAUGUGCUUUCCUGUUCAGUGUUUUCUCCAUACUGAUCUCAGUCCUUCUUGCGCCACAUUCCAAACCUUCCACAAUCUUCGAUACAAGCACCAUGCUCAUCACAUUCAUCACACUGUCUCGCUGGCUUGAAAACCGCGCCAAAGGUCAGACUUCUAGGGCGCUAUCUCGUCUUAUGUCGCUAGCUCCGUCCACAGCUACUAUUUAUGUUGAUCCGAUCGCUGUGGAAAAGGCAGCAGAGAGCUGGGCAAAGUCAUCUGACCAGCCGUCAACGCCCAAGGAACCUAAGACGCAUAGACCUGGCGGCUCUGCUUGGGAGGAAAGGGUUAUCCCAACAGAGUUGCUUGAGGUUAACGAUAUUGUGGUCAUCCGGCCUGGUGACAAAAUUCCAGCAGAUGGCAUUCUGGUUAGAGGUAGUACAUUUAUUGACGAAAGUAUGGUUACUGGAGAAGCUAUGCCCGUUCAGAAGCAUAUCGGCGAUAACAUAAUCGGCGGCACUGUUAACGGCGAUGGGCGCGUCGACCUCCGUGUUACUCGAGCUGGCUCUGAUACCCAACUAAGCCAGAUUGUCAAGUUAGUUCAAGACGCACAAACCGCUCGCGCUCCCAUUCAGCAGCUUGCUGAUACAAUCGCCGGCUACUUUGUUCCCAUGAUUCUUAUCCUCGGCCUUGGUACGUUCCUUGUAUGGAUGGUCCUAUGUCAUGUUUUAUCCCACCCUCCGGAUAUCUUCCUCAAAGAUAACAGCGGUGGCAAGGUCGUAGUCUGCGUUAAGUUGGGUAUAUCCGUCAUCGUCUUUGCUUGCCCAUGUGCUCUUGGGCUAGCUACGCCCACGGCCGUUAUGGUCGGUACGGGGGUCGGUGCUGAGAACGGAAUUCUGAUCAAGGGAGGCGCUGCCCUGGAGCGUAUAACCAAGGUCACACAGAUUGUCCUCGAUAAGACUGGAACAAUUACUUAUGGUAAGAUGAGUGUGGCCAGCAUAGGUCUCGUCCCGCAAUGGGCUAGAAGCGAAGUCAGUAAACGACUGUGGUGGUCCAUCGUUGGUCUAGCCGAGAUGGGGAGCGAACACCCCGUGGGCAAGGCUAUCCUAGGCGCUGCAAAGAAUGAGCUGUGCAUGGGACCCGAGGAUACCAUUGAUGGCAGCGUCGGAGACUUCAAAGCGGUUGUGGGCAAGGGUGUCAGUGUGAUUGUCGAGCCAACUACCGCAGAUAGGUCACGAUACAUGGUUCAGGUUGGCAAUCUCGUCUUCUUGCAGGACAGUGGUAUCGAUGUCCCCAAAGAUGCUGUCGAGGCCGCAGAGAAGCUUAACCAGUCGGCUGGCGCGGGCACAUCGCAUGCCAACAUCACUACCAGCAGUGCUGGAACCACCAACAUUUUCGUUGCCAUCGACGGCCUUUACGCGGGCCACGUAUGCCUGUCCGACACAAUCAAAGAGGAUGCCGCAGCGACCAUCGCAGUCCUGCACCGCAUGGGCAUAAAGACCGCCAUAGUGACCGGCGACCAAUGGUCUACAGCACUCGCCGUCGCCUCCGCGGUGGGCAUAGAUACCAACAAUGUCUACGCCGGUGUUAGCCCCGAUCAAAAGCAAGCCAUCUUACAGGAGUUUCAGGGUCGUGGUGAGGUUGUCGGUAUGGUUGGCGACGGUAUCAACGAUUCGCCGGCCCUUGCGACGGCGGACGUGGGCAUCGCCAUGGCAAGCGGCACAGAUGUGGCGAUGGAGGCGGCGGAUGUAGUGCUUAUGCGGCCGACAGAGCUUAUGAUAAUACCUGCCGCGCUGGCGCUCACGCACACCAUCUUCCGCCGGAUCAAGAUGAACCUCGGAUGGGCAUGCAUGUAUAACGCUAUCGGCCUCCCGAUCGCCAUGGGGUUCUGCCUUCCGUUUGGGCUCAGCGUACACCCUAUAAUGGCGAGCCUUGCGAUGGCAUUCAGCAGUGUGACGGUGGUGGUCAGCAGCCUGAUGCUCAACUCCUGGACAAGGCCUGGUUGGAUGAACGAGGUGGCGGAGAACGGCGGCAGAGCGCCUAAAGCGGAGAGGUGGGUAUCGGGGAGAGGCAUCGUUGGCUGGGUGAGGGAGAUGGUGAGACGUGGAGGCAAGGUAGAAAAUGCUGGGUAUGUGCCGCUACAGGACAUGGAAGUAUAAACUUGUGUAUGACGAUUGUCUUGAUGUGCGUUGCAACAACAAAGCCUGCUUCACCUCAUACAAUGAAAAACCCAGACAGAUGCAGAAAUAAUAAGC